GUUGGAUCAGACAGCUUGGCUCAGACGGAACAGUGGAUUUUCACCGAUGGCACGCCUGUAAAUAUGUCAGGUGGCCUUUGGGAUGAAAGCGAACCAUCGGGACCCCCGGAGAACACCGGAAGUGUGAAUCCAGCAAACGGCAAGAUGAACGACAUGGUGAACGAUCAUAGCUCGCCCUCGGCCUGUCAGUACGUGGGCAAAAAUCUGGCUCCCGAUUACAACGGCGUCAUCCAGGCAACCACAGGGACGUUCACAGCAGACCUUGGACUGUUCUACGCCGUCACGUCGGUGAUGCUGAUUCUUCAGGACGAGCUCGGUGAAGACAUUGAGGUGACCGUAUCAUCCACUCGCGAACCUGGGCCACCGGGUACGGAGCAGCGGUGCACAGUGGUACCCAGCAGGUAUCAGUACCCGGACGUCGCCCGCCAGUACAGCUGCGAGGCUGCACGAGUGGGCCGGUUCGUGCGCGUGCGGCGCGCCAUCACCCCGCUCACCCUGGCCGGUCUGAAGGUGAUGGGGUCGUGGGCGACCCACGCUGCAGUGCUGAGCCCUGAGCUCUAA